AGAACUAUUUGACUUGCUCCUGUAUUAUUUCAUUGUUUAAGAGAAUCAGGGAGAAGAUGAUUGCGGGAUUAUCAAGUGAGAAAGUAAGACAUUCAAAAAGGUUCUGGAAAUCCAUUCACCGGUUAUUUAAUACUGAAGCCCCAACAGUGAUGGUGAUAACGAACCUCGGUGUUUCUGCUAACUGUACUGAGACUCGCGCAGGGCAGCGACGCGGAUCGACGGAGGCUGGCAGGUUCCUCCGGACCUUUCGCGGGCGUGGAUCAGCCCGCACGGCGCGGGCCACACCCGCAGGCGGCUCUCGGGGGGCCGGGCGGGCUGCGCAGGGCGCCGGCUGCACACACCGGGCGAGCGCGAGGGCGAGCCCCUGCGCCGUCGGGGCGAGGGUCCGGCCGCUGGCCAUGCCCCCCGCCCCGCGCGCCGCUGCAGCCUCGGGGCUCCGGGGUCGUCUGCGGGCCGCGGCAGCCCGGCCUUGGAGGGGCCUGGUCCGGACCCCGAGGCAGGCGGGGCCUGGAGAGGAGGCGGCGGUGACCGCAGGACCGGAGCAGCUGCUGCCCAACGAGAGAAGCUUUCAGGACGCUGCUAAAAGCAAUAAUCUGGAUCUUAUGGAGAAGCUGUUUGAAAAGAAGGUUAACAUUAACGCUGUGAACAGUAUGAACCGUACAGCCCUGCAUUUUGCAGUGGGAGGAAAUCAUUUUUCUGCGGUGAAUUUCUUACUGAAUCACAAGGCCAGGGUGGAUAUUGCUGAUAAGCAUGGUCUGACAGUGAUUCACCUCGCAGCCUGGUCGGGGAGCUUUGAGAUCAUGCUCAUGCUGGUUAAAGCUGGUGUGGACCAGAGAGCCACGAGCCAGGAAGGGCUGAAUGCGCUGCACUUCGCUGCCCAGAGCAACAGCGUGCGCAUCGCGGAGUACCUGGUCCUGGAGCUGCACCUGCGGGAGCUGGACCAGCGCGACCAGAAAGGAAGAAAACCAUUUCUCUUGGCGGCUGGGAGGGGUCACGUGGAAAUGAUAGAGAAGCUGACCUGCCUUAACCUGCACACUUCGGAGAAGGACAAGGAGGGAAACACGGCCCUGCACCUGGCUGCGAUGCACGGCCACAGUCCCGCCGUGCAGGUGCUGCUGGCUCAGUGGCAAGAAGUGAACGAGACUAAUGAGAAUGGAGAAACACCAUUCUUUUUGGCGGUUGCAGGAGGUCAUGAAGAAUGCAGCAAAGUGCUACUGGCAGCAGGAAGUGACAUCAACAUCAUAAAUAAACAGAACACCAGUGCGUUGCAGAUGGCAGCCCAGCGUGGCCACGCGUCCCUGGUCAGCUUCCUUCUCAGUGAGAAUGUUGACCUGCACCGGCGGACGGGGUCUGGCGAGUCCCCUCUUCACACCGCAGUCAGCAACAAACAUGUCGCUGUUGUGAGCAGCCUGUUAGGUGCGCAGCACGGCACUGACGUCUUGGACCAGAGGCAGCAAACCCCCCUGCACGUGGCUGCUGACCUGGGAAACGUGGAGCUGGUGGAAACGCUGCUGAAGGCGGGCUGUGAUCUGAAGGCUGUUGAUAAGCAGGGGAGGACCGCCCUGGCAGUGGCCGCCCGGGGCAGCCACAGCCUCGUUGUGGACAUGCUCAUCAAAGCAGAGCGGUACCAGGCCUGGAGCGAGGCACAUCCAGAGGCCGCAUCAGCAGGCUUCCCUCUGACCUUCAAGCAAGACCACAGCGUGGAGACCCGGCACAUCCGUGCACUGCUCUGGGACCUGGCGUACCAUCAGCUGAGGGCCACUGAGUGGCAGAGGCUGGCGCGCUCGUGGGACUUCACAGAGGACCAGAUCAGAGCCAUUGAGGAGCAGUGGACAGGAAAGGACAGCUUCCAUGAGCAUGGCCACAGGGCACUGCUCAUCUGGCUGCAUGGGGCCCUGAUGACACAGCCUGACCCCGACAGACACCUGUACGUGGAGCUGGUGCAUGCAGGCUUCCCGCGACUGGCUGAAGUGCUGAUUUUCCUCGCAGCUGCUCAGAUGGCAGGGACAGGAGCCUGUAGUGGAGAAGGAAGGAGCAGCGUCACCAUGCUUCCAACUGCUGCAGUUCUGUUCUUUUGGUUUUAGCCUAAGACAAGCUAUGUGCUGACUUUCCUGUUUCUGUCUCCUGCUACAGCACACAGCAGCGUAAUCCGGGAGGGCUUGGUGCACCAUGUUUCAAACAACCGCCUGUGGGAGAACAAGGGUCUUACGGUGUAUGGUUUGAAGUAGGUUUUGCAGCUUACUCAGCAUGUGCCGUGGGCAUGUUAAUAUUCACAUUCUCAGGUCUAUUGAACAGGGCAAUGUCUGUUCCUUAGGGUGGGGGACCCCACGGGAGCCCUGACUUCGUGCCCCCACCAUGGAAAUCAUGAACUGGGAUUUCUCCUCAGCAAGAGAAACUGGGUUUCACGUUUGGCCACUGGCAGCUUUACAUCCCGUGAGUGUGUAAUGUGUACUCAGAAGAGAUAAGAAGUAUAUACACACCAAUUCUUUUUCAUCUGUUGGUGACAUAACUACAGGCCAUUUGUACAAUUUCCUUUGUGUCCUUUGGUGUAUUCCAAUUUUUCUGCAAUGAACAUGCAAUUUUUGUAGUCUGAGAAAGUUAUGGAAUAAACAUGAACCCCACUAUCAUUUGUACUGGUGUAUGUGGACGUCCUCAUACUUUAUAGUUCUCCUUUCUCGAAUUCUGACCCUAAAAUGAC